AUGAACUGCACCCCUAAUGCCACCAUCACUCCACAGCUGGGACUUGUCCUGAACCCAGGGGAUGUCGAUGGAGAGUCCCAAGGGAGUAGUGGCAGUGGUGGUGGUGGUGGCGGCGGCAGUGGGGGCCUUUGGGUGACAUCCCUGCUUGGUGCCACACUGAUGGUCAUGUGCGUCUUGGGUGUGGCAGGCAACACAUACACCCUCAUAAUUACUCGCUCAGCUGCUUUGCGCCGGACCGGUUCCAUGUACGUUUACAUCGUCAAUUUGGCUCUGGCUGACCUGCUCUACCUUUCCACCAUCCCCUUUGUGGUCUGCACCUACUUCGCCCAUGACUGGCUGUUCGGUGAGGCUGGCUGUCGCAUCCUGCUGAGUCUCGACCUCCUCACCAUGCAUGCCAGUGUCUUCAUUUUGGUUGCUAUGAGCCUGGAACGCUACCGUGCUGUGGCCAGACCUUUCAGCGCACACAGGUCCUCGUCUCGAACACGCAAGCUUGUGGCGGGAAUCAUCUGGGUAUUAGCUUUUGUGCUAACGCUUCCCAUGAUGGUGAUGAUCCGACUCAGGGAGGGUAAACCAACUGCAGCCAGUUUCGUUAAGAGGAUCUGUUUCCCUACCUGGACUCCUGAGGCCUUCAAGGCUUACAUCACCGUCCUGUUUCUUACAAGUGUUUUAGCUCCUGGACUGGUAAUUGUUGGGCUGUAUGUGGGGCUAGCCAGGCGCUACUGGGCAGCGCAGUCUAGGUUAGGAGGCAGCAGACGGUCUUCCCGGCGUAGAGGGCUCAAACAAAAAGUCGUAUCAAUGAUUUUCAGCAUUGUUGUGGCCUACUGGGCUUGUUUCUUGCCUUUCUGGGGGUGGCAGCUGGCCAAACUGUUCUCUCCGGAGUCCCUCAAAGCUUUGUCUCCAGUUGCUCACAAUUAUGUCAAUUUCUUUGUCACAUGUCUAACCUAUGGGAACAGCUGCAUCAAUCCAUUUCUUUACACUCUUCUGACCCGGAACUACAAAGAUUACUUGGCCCAGAAAGGUCAGUCUGCGGGGUCAAGCAGGGCUGACCCUGGGUCAAUUAUGACAACGCCACUGCAGGACCUUUAG